CGGUCCAGUACCUGGAGCUCCGCAAGAGAUGCCAACAAAGCCACCAGCCGCUCCGGCCCCCGGUGGCACCCCACGCGUGUCCGCGGCGCUCAUACACGGUGCUCAGCAGCUGUCUGACAUCUUCGAGAGGCGCACCGCAGUGCUCAAGGCCCAUUACGAGGAACGCAUCCGAGCAAUCACCGCCGAGCGUGACAUAUUGCUUGCGGCUACGCAGACCCAAGCGCGAGAUACGGGGCCACACCCGGACGCAUCGGAACUGGAGGCCCUUCGCGCGGAGCGUCUCACAUGGCUACAGGAACGCGCUCAGCACGAGCAGCAACGCAAGCUCUGGGAGCAGGAGCGACAAUCAUGGGCUCUGGAAAGGGCGAAGCUGGGCGAGGAACGGGUGGCGAGGGACGCUGAACGCGUGCAGCGGGAGGAAACCGUUGCGCGGUUGACUCACGAGCGCGAUCUAGUCCUUCAAGAGCGCGAACAACGCCGCAAAGCUCAUCAGGACCUCCAAGACGAAAUGGCGAGCCUGCGGCAUGAGCUGCAGGUGAACAAGUCUGGCUACGGGGCGCUUCAAGAGCAGCUAGCUCUCAGAAACUCGUCGAUGCUCGCUCUGGAGACGCGGGUACGGCAGCUCGAGGCUGAAAGGAGUGGUUUUUCUGGGCAUGCGGGGUCGCCGACUGAGGCUAACGCACCCGUUGCGCCGCCGCACGACGAUGCUGAUGGAGUUGAAGGUCAACAAACUACCUUCGAUCCAUUAGAUUUCACCCGGUCGCCGCUCCAUUCCCCGGCGCGCAGCAGUACCCUCCUGACCACCGAGGGCACUAUGUCGACUCUAGAGUCGCAUUCUCCGCAUCCGACGCCCAUGCAGGUAUGUUCGCCACCGCUGGUGCCGUUCCCAUUCGACUCGACGCUCAACCUGUCGCCGACGUUCUCGCGCUCGCUUCCGCCACUGCAGCUAGAUGCGCCCGUCCCGCAGUCGUCUACCAUCACGUUGCGACUCGACACCCCGUCGUCUCCUGCGAAGUCGACGAUCGGGGGGAGCGUGCACGGCGAUGUGUUCAUGGACGAUGCUGCUGCGGGGCCUGUUUCAGUUUCGGGGUCAAGUAGCUCAUUUCGAUCGCGAUCCUCGACUUCGGUCGUCGCCACACCAUCGAGACGGCUAGUGAUCAGGAUCCCUCUUUCUAAUGGAAAUAUCCGGAAGCCUCUGAAGCCUCUCCCUCCCCGAUUCACCGAAGAGGAGAAGCUAGACGUUGUUCAUGUCCCUCGCUUGCCCGAGUCCGAUGACGAUGACGACGGAACGGACACUGCCUCGAGUGAUGAUGAAUCGGUAGAAGGCUUUUAGAAGGCACCGGACUUCUUAUGGGCGAGCACACCUUUCGAUUACUAGGAUGGAGCCACGGCUUCCAUCUAAUUUCUAGUCUCCCACUUCAUUCGGAUUCUCUCUAGUCGUCACUCGCUAUGUCUGCGUUAUGCUGUUUCGUCACACUCCUAUACUGCUGUUUGCUGCUCCUUCGCUAUCUAAGAUUAAUCCACGUCUUUCCACUCUCGCGCACUUUCGAAGAUUAUCCUUAACACGUACGGACGAAGCUUCAGAGCCCAAGUGAGGUCCAUGACUUACGGUAGCCUAGUACACUCGAAUUUAAC